UAUGCGCUCGCUAAAGCUAUUCAUACUGCAAAUGGCUUCUUCCACUAAAGCGAGAGUGUGCAUUGCAUGGACCAGUGCAGUACCACUGUUGGUAGACGAUUUUUUGGCGUAAAGCUGUGUACGUGUGAAUGCAAUGGCGUUUCCUGUAGAAUAUACACCUGUGCCGCUCGUAAUGUAGAUUGGCAUAUUUUGUGAUGGACUCGGAGACCUACUUAUUGCCAUUAGAAAUGAGCUAACAUAGUGAUUCUAACGUGAUUCUUCUCAUAAUGGAGCCUGGAAAAUGCCCGCUACUUUGACGAAUAUGGUGAAUUUAGUCGAGAAUUUUGGAAUGUGUGCUACGUGGAACCUGCAAACAUAACGGGUAGAUCCUCAUCAUCGGGAGCCAGCUAACAAAUGUGGGGAGGGUGUGUGUGUGUAUUUGUGGAUAGCUCGGUAAAUACGAUGCAGUCAGCUGCUGGAAAAUGAAGUGGACGAAUGUCAACUUCAGUAAAAGUUGACUGCGUCAAGGUUAAUGUGGAAUUAAUGUAUUGGAAUUAUAUAGAAUAGGAUCAUUUUUAUAUCAUUGCCAAAUUUACUUAUAAUCUUCCAGUUAACAUGGCACAAAACCAUGAAUUAAGCACCUCGCCCCUGACAGGUGGUGGUCAGGUUUCGCUAACGAGAACACUUUCAGGGGGCAGUGAGAGCACAAACCAUAGUCUAAAUCUUGGUGCUCUCCCUGUGACUAGUCUAUGCACAGCAAUGUAUGAUUACGAAGCCACGGCAGACGACGAACUGACCAUUCACCGGGGCGACUUGGUGGAAAUAAUCUCCAAAGAUCACGCUGUUUCAGGCGACGAUGGAUGGUGGAUGGGCAAAGUUGGUGACCAACAAGGGAUAUUUCCGAAUAAUUAUGUCAGCGAUUCGCAGUUCAUCCUCGAAAAGGAAAUUAAUUAUGGAGUUAACGAAAUUGAUUUCAACGAAAUACAGCUGAACGAGUUGAUUGGUGUUGGUGGUUUUGGGAAGGUUUUUCGCGGAUCCUGGAGAGGAGAGGAAGUCGCAGUGAAAGCUGCGAGGCACGACCCGGAGGAAGACGAUAAUAUGAGAUCAACUAUUGAUAAUGUUAGACAGGAGGCAAAACUCUUCAGUUUAUUAUCGCAUCCGAAUAUUAUAUCACUUAGAGGUGCAUGUCUUCGGGAACCUCAUGUGUGUAUAGUUAUGGAAUAUGCAAGGGGAGGCUCGCUGAACAGGUUACUUGUUAGUAAGAGGAUGCCGAUGCCGCCAAACGUUCUAGUAAACUGGGCUUACCAAAUCGCCGAUGGCAUGAACUACCUCCACUGGGAAGCUCCAAUCCCGCUCAUCCAUAGGGAUCUCAAGUCUAGCAAUAUUCUCCUUGAUCAGAAAGUUGAACAUAGUAAUAUGUACAACAUCCAGCUGAAGAUCACUGACUUUGGUCUGGCCCGUGAGAUGUACAAGACCACAAGGAUGAGUGCUGCAGGGACGUACGCCUGGAUGGCACCAGAAGUCAUCAAGUCAUCGCUCUUCUCCAAGAGCAGCGAUGUCUGGAGGUAGGUUCAGUAACAAUGAUAUUUAGUUCUUGCAUAUGCUUCAGCCCAGCAAGCCUUUUCUGAAACAGCGCACAAUCAUUUCAAGGAAUUUAUUCCUGUCAGGUGCCCAUGUACCUUACCUGGGUUGAGUGUAGAUGUAGCACAAUGUGGAUCAUUUUGCUGAAGGAAAUUAUGCCACAAGUGGUUGGGAUUCCAACCCAUGACCCUCUGUUUCAACGUCAGAAGACUAAUCCACCUGGCCACAAUGCUUGACAAAGUGUUCCAGGACAGAAACCUUUGUUUAGCCUGGUAUUGAUUUACUGGUUCAGUCGGAUGUUUUGGAGAAGUUGAGUGCUGUUUUUACAAAAUUUCAACAUAAGUAAUUGAGUUCAAAAUAUUUUUUUCGUGGGAGAUAAAAAUCAACAUGAAUAAGAGGAACCAUGUACUACUCCCCACUAACAACAGAAACCUUAUUCGGAUCCCGAAAUAACACUAAUUGGUGGGGUGUUCAUGUAACACCAUAUUUGGUGUUACAUUCAAGCAUUUGGGUGAUUUCAAGUUUAGAGUUGGUGCUGGAAGCACAAAUUUGAUUGUCUUUCCUUUAUCCAAUUCCUACUGUAAUCUGAGUUUACAAAUAUGAUCCAAAUCAUAUUAUUGAUAGCUCAGUCCCUAGUGACCAGUUUCAUUUGAAGUUUGUUGCUAUGAUGACAUAAAUAUUGACCAAACACUAACACCUACCAAAUUUAAAAUCACCCAGUGUAUGAUUGAUGGUGAAAAGCAUCUCUGGUAGUGCAGUGUUGUCUGGGAAUGGAGGUAACUGAAAUACGCAUGAAAUGCAUUCUUAGCCUAGUUUUGAUUUACAAUUUCAGUGGAUGUUUUGAGAAGUGGAGUGCAGGUUCUUGUCAUGGUUGGUUUAAUUAGUUAGCGGUGACAUGUGUAGUGAGUGGAUUGAUGGUGAAAGUCAACCAGGAUGUGAAUGGAUGGAGGCCCAAUUCAGGUGGAUGGAGAGAUGAAUGAGAAUGCUGUAGAGAUACGGAGAAGAUGAAAAUUCCAUCCUGUCUUUUAUAUCAAUAUUAUUUGGAUAAGAAAAGGCCACUUUAAAAAAGGGCACAGUUUUUAUAUUACUACUACAACUAAUUAUAAAAAUAUAAAAAGGGCAAAACUAGGGCAGUGAAAGGGGCAUUGACGCCAAUCAUUUGGGCAUUUAAGGCCAUAGCCUUGGAUACAUUAAAUGAGAACUAGAACGAUAAUGC